GGUGGGACAGGUGCAAAAUCCAAAGAAGUAGCCAAACUCCACUGUGAAAGAAUGUCCUUCAUUCAGGCCAUAGAAGAGAAGAGAAGAAAUGUGAAAGAAUAAAGAGGCCGAUGGCAAACCCUAGAAGGAUUUCAUUUUCCCCUUCCGGUAACCACCACCAACUUCCAAUAUCCGCCGCCGCAGGAUUUCAGAAUCAGACAUCAACCCAAAUGUCAAGUUUGAUAUCCUUCCUGAAGAAACCCCAUGCUUUUCCUUUCCUCCUUUCCCUCUUCCUUUUCCUCACUUGGGUUUCCCUCAGAUUCCAACGUCCCUCAGAUUCAAGUCAUCAGCGGGAAGAGUGGCAUCCUGCCAAGUUUUAUUCUUCUGGUUCAGAUCAAAUGGCUAAUCUUUUGAGGUUCCCAGCUUCCUCUUCUUCCAUUGCUAAAGAUAAACGUGGCUGGUUGCUCAACCCCAUUUCCCUUGCCCUAGAUUCUGCCCUUUCAGGUGGGGCAGCAGGCUGUGCUUCAGUUCAUUUGGGCGAGAUCAGACCCGGUGGUGUUAGGGGCAACCACAGGCACCACACAUGUAAUGAGACAUUUGUUAUUUGGGGAGCUAAGACAGUAUUCCGGCUGGAAAAUGAUGCGGUCAAAAAAGGCUAUGCUGAAGUAAUAAUUGAUGCAGAUGAAGUUGCUGUUGCAGUCAGCCCCCACGGAACUGCUCAUGCUCUAGUAAAUGUUGAUCCUGUGAAGAGUACAUACUUCAUGGGGUGCCAGGAUAGUAUAAUCAACUACAAUGGCUCAACGACUGACUUUAAUGUGUGGAAAGAUCUAUAGGUUUUCAAUGUUAUAUUUUCAUGGUCGCUCCAAUAAGGUAGCUGAAAAAUAGUGUGGCAAUUGAGUAGGUUCUUUUCUUGCCAGGUUUUCAAGUUUUGGGUUUUAAAGGGUGACUUAGUUUAGCUAGUGUAGAUCUGGGAACUAUGUACAUAAGGCAUAGCUGCUAUUCAUUGGCUUUCUUCCUUUCUUUCUUUUUUCCUUAACAAGGUUUGUGCAUACACAGUUUAUGAUAAAAAGUACAAGGCCCUCCUUGGAAAUCAGCGUCUCUAUCUUCGAAAUAGUAAGGGAAGUAGUGACGAAACCAACCCGUCCACCUGCUGGAAGCUAUACUCAGUAUCUGAGUUUUUGGAUGUCAUCCACCUGUUUGAAUGUUCAGAGAUCGGGUUAUUAUUACUUUAGGUGUGUUAAAGGCCUCGAGAUGAACUAGUUUAACAGACGGCUUGAUCUCUGAACAUUUGAAUCAUCUUGAUCGCUGAGAAGACCUUGUACUUUUCAUCAUAAACUGAGUACCGCACAGAUCUUGUUAAGGAAAGUACUUUUUAAAGAGGUUAAGCU